GUGUUUAAUUUUUUAUUUUAGUAUUGUGUUUAUUUUCACGUGCGAUUGGUUACAUUUUAACAAAACGCUUUAUUUAUUUAGAAUAAUUAUCUGUAAAAUUAACUUGCAAAACAAAUAAACGUAAAAACUUAGACAUGACUUAUUCACCUAAAGUCAGUGGAAGCUGUACUCCGUACAUGUUGCCAACAAGCAGUACUAAAGAAUUCUCUCUAAAAGUACUCAAGAUCUCUGACGUUAAGUAUCAAAUGAUGAAGUUUAAUAGUAAUUUAAAUAUUGACUUUGUAAAAUGGUCUCAUGCCAAAAUGGAGAGAGAUAUUAAUAAAGUAGAUGGAAAAUUUGCAGAAGAAGAUAUGCCUAAAUUUGGAGCUGGAAGUGAGUUUGGUCGUGAAGCUAGACAAGAAGCAAGAAAAAGAAGAUAUGGAGGCAAUAAAAAAGUGUCAGAAUCUAGUCCUUGGAUAUUAAAAGUUGGAGGAAAAAAAUUUAAAGGUGUACGUGAAGGAGGUAUUACCGACAACUCUUCUUAUUAUUUGUUUACUCAUGGAGAAGAUGGUAUUUUAAAUGCUCACAAAGUAGAAGAAUGGUAUAAUUUUCAACCCGUACAACGUUAUAAAACAUUAACUGUCGAAGAAGCAGAAGAAGAAUUCGGAAGGCGUAAUAAAGUUAUGAACCACUUUACUGUUAUGUUACAAAAAAGAUUGAAAAAUGAAGAAGACGAAGACUUUGAUGAAGAUGAUAAAACAAAAGGGAAAAAGGGACCAAAAAGUCGUAAAAAAGAGCUGAAAAUUUCUGAAAUGGAGGAAUGGGAUGAAAGCAACGAAGAAGAAUCUGAAGAAGACGAAGAACAAGAUGAAGAAAAAAUUGAAAAGAAAAAGAAACUAAAACAAAAAAGUAAAGCUAAAGCUAAACCAAAAAAGAAAUCAAAAGGAUCAGAUGAGUCAGCUACUGAGGAAAGUGAUGAUGGUGACGAAGAGGGCAGAGAGUUGGAUUACAUUUCUGAUUCUUCAGACGAUGUGACAGAUGAUGAAGCUAAAGUUACAAAAGAAAUGCAGGGUGUAUCUGAGGAAAAAGCAUUGCAUAGUCUUUUGACGUCUGAUGAAGAUGAAGAUGAAGAUGAAGAAAAGAAAGAAGAAAAGAAGGAUGAACAAAAUAUCUCUGAUAUUGAAGAAGAAGAAAAAGUUAAAAAAGAAGAAAUUAAACCAAAACAAACUACUCCUAGCAAGAAAAAAAAUAAAAUUAUUGAUAAAAAAGUGAAAAAGGAUACAGAUUCAGAUAGUGAUAGUUCUGUAGAUAGCUCAGAUAUAGACAGUGAACCAAUUAGGAAAAGACAGUUUAAUUUGGAUGCCUUGAAAAGUAAUAAUGUUGAUUUGAUUGGUUUUUCAAAUGAUUCGUCUAGUCAGAGCUUCGAACCAGCACAGAAAAAAGCUAGGAUGGAGUUUUCACCUGUUUCAAUAUCUGAUACUCAUGGAAUAACUGAAGAAGCAGUUCGUCGAUAUUUGUCACGCAAACCCAUAACCACCACUCAACUAGUUACAAAGUUUAAGAGUCGUUCUAAUUUAAGUUCUGAACAAUUAGUUAGUAUUAUUGCUUUACUAUUAAAGAAAAUCAAUCCCGAAAAGAAAAUGAUAAAAAACAAAAUGUAUUUGUCAUUAAAACAUUCAUAGAUAUAACGUACAGAAUCAAGAAAAAUUAUUUUUUUAAGUAAAUUGAAUU